AUGUUACAACCCAAACGGGUGAGAUUAGACCGACCAAUAGCGGCGGCGCAUAAAAACAUUUUUGCAUUUCUUCUUCGCGUAAAUGAAGAGCGCCGAAUUCACGCAACUCUUCGAGUGGCCGGCGGGUGGGUGCGGGAUGCCCUUCUCGGCCUUCACUCACAAGACAUUGACAUUGCGAUUGAAUCACCAGAGUCUAAGCAUAUCUCUGGAGAGGCCUUUGCCCGUGAGGUUUCGGCUUUUCAAGAGGCCAUUGGUUUAACCGCACGAACGGUAAGUGUUAUUCGUGUAAACCCCGAGUUGUCUAAACACAUUGAAACAGCAACUGUCUGUGUAUAUGAUACUCCUAUUGAGUUUUGUGCAUUACGGCAUGAUGAGUACACCAAGUCUGAUUCACGUAUUCCAGUUGUACGACCUGCUACAGCAUUAGAAGAUGCUCAACGUCGUGACUAUACAAUUAAUGCCCUUUUUUAUAAUUUACAUACGAUGGAGGUGGAGGACUACACAACAGGAUUAGAAGAUCUGCAACGUUGUGUCCUUCGAUGUCCAUUAGACCCAAAAGAAACUUUUUCAGAUGAUCCCUUGCGUUUAUUGCGUGGUAUUCGUUUUGUGGGUCAAUUAGGAGAAUUAAACUUUACACUUGAUGAAAGUAUUAUGCAAUGUGUUGAUGAAGAACUUCUUGGGAAAAUAACAUUAAAAGUUUCACGUGAACGUAUAGGUAAGGAAGUAACAAAAAUGCUUUCAGGACCUUUUCCUGAAAAAUGUGUUGAACUCCUUUUUAAACUUGGUAUACUUCAACACGUUCUUUUGGCAGAACUCUACGUAAAGAGUAGUAAGAAAGGACAUGCUACCGCUGAAGUAGAGAGGAUUGAUUAUUUGGCUCUUAAUAACACUAUGUGUAAAGAGAAUCUUGAGUGUUUAUAUUUGCUUAAUCACACAUUAGGGCCACUCUUAUCAGAGAGUGGUUCACCUUUGGAGUUAUCGUUGUCAUCAUCCGAUAAGAUGAUAGGCAUGUUGUUUAUUUUAUGUCUUCCUUUUUAUCGUGGUGUACCUCGUGAUGAAUUGGCGGAUCGUCUCUAUGCGUUGUGUUUAAAUGGAUUAAAGUUACCUUUGGCUUCCUAUAAUACAUUAAAACGUAUGAUUGAUUCUUAUAAUACGCUUUUAAUUCAAAAAUUAGAUAUUUCUUGUAUUUUGGAAAAAGGGGUAACAAUGGAGAUGAAAAAUGCGAUAUUUGAAGGUUUAUGUGAUUUGAAUGAUAAAAAAAUAAUCCCUUUAGCCUUUAAGAUUGUUCUCUCAGCGUAUAUCCUCAUUGAAGAGAAAAAAGAUUUUCUUGACGGUAAAAAUGUAGAGAUGGUGGCUGACUUUAUUCGAAAGAUCUGGAAUUUAUUGGAACAGGAAACUGGAUUGCUUAAUGCCUUCUCUCGACAAUUGCCAGUAAGAGGAGAUGAGCUUUCUAAACUUGUUCCUCUUGACCCUCAGUCUAUUGGUCCGGCUUUGUUAGCAUUGCGAAGAUACUUGAUGUUUCAUCCAUCUGCAUCAAAGGAUGAGAUGGUUUUGUGGAUCAGGAAUGAAAAGGAUAGAUUAUUAAAAUAA